GCUCCGCGGCCGGGUGGGUCGGGGCGUUCGGCGCGCCCUUCACUGAAGCGGCAGUGGCCGGGCUGGGAGAAGGGAGUGGGAAGCGACGGCGUGGCUGGAAAAUGCCGGUCCAUUCCCGAGGGGAUAAGAAGGAGACGAAUCAUCACGAUGAGAUGGAGGUGGACUACGCGGAGAACGAGGGGAGCAGUUCCGAAGACGAGGACACCGAGAGCUCGUCGGUCUCGGAGGAUGGGGACAGCUCAGAGAUGGAUGAUGAAGACUGUGAGAGGAGACGGAUGGAGUGUCUCGAUGAGAUGUCCAACCUCGAGAAGCAGUUUACAGACCUCAAAGAUCAACUUUAUAAAGAGCGGUUGAGUCAGGUGGAUGCAAAACUCCAAGAAGUCAUAGCUGGAAAAGCACCAGAGUAUCUGGAACCACUGGCAACCUUACAAGAAAACAUGCAGAUUCGUACAAAGGUAGCAGGAAUCUAUAGAGAACUCUGCUUAGAGUCCGUGAAGAACAAGUAUGAAUGUGAAAUCCAGGCUUCUCGCCAGCAUUGUGAGGUACGUCAUUCUAGUGUUGAUUCUGCGCCUGUGAAACUGGAAAAACAUCUGCACAGUGCUAGGUCUGAAGAGGGAAGGCUGUAUUACGAUGGUGAAUGGUACAUACGUGGACAAACGAUAUGUAUUGAUAAGAAAGACGAGUGUCCCACAAGUGCUGUAAUUACAACAAUUAACCAUGAUGAAGUUUGGUUUAAGAGGCCUGAUGGAAGCAAAUCUAAGCUUUACAUUUCACAGCUACAGAAAGGAAAAUAUUCAAUUAAACAUUCGUAAUCAUGGUUUAAGUGUUACCCACAUCUACCUUAUUAGUGUUACCAAGUGUAAUGUGCCAUGGCAGCCAAGGAGUGUACUCAGCAGCCUAAUAUUUUCACCCAGUCGUGAGAGACUGUGUCUUCUAGGUAGCACUCUAAGUAGACCCCGUAUUAGUAAGUGAUUAAGAGAAAUAGUGAUACAAUGUAAUCAUGACCGUCACCUUUAUUUGCCUCGUAGGCCCGGUGCCAGCAGGUCUGUUUGGUAUGUAUUUCCUUCUGUUGUUUCAGUUUGUGUCUUACUCAUGUGAGUGUGUCUCACCUUGAAUGAACUACAGUGCAGUCGUCUGCAGUUUUAACUCCCCACCAUUGCCACUCGUGUCUGUACAUAAGACUGAUGAGAUGUUUCCUAUAAAUGAUUUGUGUUAGUGCAUUACUUUCAAUCAGAACUGAAGUUUAUGCAUAAGUGUGUGAGUGUGUAUAUACAGCGUCCCCAGCAUACUUAGAACGGGUGGCCUGCCUGUACAAUCUCGUUUUACCCCAAAUUAAACUGUUGGGUCUGAGAAGAAAAGGAAGCACUUUUGUAGACUGGUUUUCCUUCUCUUCUUCCUUGAUGGUGGUGACCUCUUUUGCAGAUUGUAUUUGGUGUUUAUUAGCAGCAUUAUGUCAAGUGUGAACAUGUUGCUGCCUGUGUUUACUGUGAGCUGUUAGAGGGCAGGUAUGCUGCCUGGUGUUUCUGAUGCACAGUGUCAGAGCGACAAGUGGCUGGCAGUAUUGUCGUGCUUUCUGCACAUCCGAACUUUUGAAGAUUUUAGUAAGCAUUUUCCAGAGGCAAAACUAGAUCCUUAUUCUAAUUUUAUUGCUAGAGUGAAAUACAUGUAGACACUUCCCUUACCUCUACCAUCCCCCAAAUUAGCUUUUGUUAAAAAAAAAAAAGAUUCCAAUGUUUUUAACACUAUAAGGCCAUUUGGUGCAAUUUAGAAAAUGUUGGCCUCCCUUCCAUUAGCCACAUUCAAAAUUAACUUGGAAAGCCUCUGGAAGUGUGCAGAAAACUGGAGCCCUCAGCCGGGCAGCGCAGUUGGCUACAGUGUGUACCUAGGGUACAACCCAGUGAAGUACUCUGCUGGCUCAUGCACUUUAAUUUCUGUUACAAUGUAUUGAAGGGGAUGAGGAAGACUCACUUAACACUCCUCAAAGGAGUCUCUGCAAGAUUCCGUUAGUUCCUUACGAUUUGACUCUGCAGAUACCCCAUGCAGGUCACUACUCCACAGUUGCCAGAUUGCAACCGUUUUGACUUUUGAAAUUCAGUAUCAGCAAUGUUGAGCUGCUCUGUUGUUUCUGAUCACCCUUAGUGGCUGUGCGGACUGUCCCAAUCCAGUAGCAUUUGGCAGUGCUUAUGUAUAUGUAUAUAUGAUGUUUGAUAAGCAUUUUUAAUGAGAUUUGUAUUUUUAAAUUUAGUAUGUAAUAAAAAGAAGUGUUUGAACGUCC